AUGAACGAAAGACAAAAGGCUGAAUUAGAAGGAAAUAAAGGAAAAAGUUUAUUUUGCAAGAUUUCACUUAAUGGAUCAUAUGGUUACGAUGCAAUGAAUACACAAAAUUACGCAAAGACUAAAAUAAUGAAUGCACAGAAGGCACGCGUUGCAUGUAUGUCAAAUAAGUUUAAAAACAUAAGAGAAAUAGGAGAGGAUACGUAUCAAGUGAUGCUCAAAGAUAGAUUUUAUAGAUGUGAUACAUGUUUACAAGAGGCAUUCUUCACUUUAGAUAAUGCUAAAUACUGGUAUUUGGUUUUCAUUUAUGAUUUUAUGUAUAAAUGCAUGGAUGUUAAUCGUUUUCAUUUCAUUGAAGGUGAUACUGAUUCAUCUUAUUGGGCUAUUGCUGGCGAUCCAAGUCUUCCUAACACUCAAGCAUUUCAAGCAAUUGUAACCGAUAAAAAAUUUUAUGAUAAAAACAUUUUCAAAUUCGCACCAUUUGAUUUCUUCUGUUUUGAUGAGAAAUUUAAACCUAAAUUAAAGAAUAAAGCUGAAGAAAAAGCACAUGAGAAGAAGUUAUUGGGUUUAGCAAUUGAGAAACAAGGUGAUAACAUGGUUGCUUUAUAUCCUAAGUGUUAUACAUCAUUCAACGGUUCAAUUGAUGGAAGUGAUUUUAAAAAGAUUGCACAAAAAAUGAAAGGUGUUAGUUUACGACAAAAUAAACAAUUAACACCUAAAAAUUAUUUGGAUAUAAUAAAUGAUAAAGUGAUAUUUGAUGGUCAGAAUAUUAAUUUACAACUUAAAAACGGGUCAAUGACUCGCUUAACAAUCGGUAAGACUGCAUUAACAGGAGCACACACUAAGGCUGUAUGUUGUGAAAAUGGAUGUUGUAUGCCAUUUAUUUAA